AUGAAUUUUCUAACCACCCCACUGUUCCAGAUGGCCUCCGUUAUGUUAUCGAGUUGCCAAUUUCCAUUAGCUGGUAAUUUCCAUGAGCAGAAGAAGGGACAACGGAGAAAAGAGACGAAGUCAAAAGAAUUAGUAUCGCUUGCAUAUGAUUCAAUGCUCUCGAUGUUUGAUUAUUUUGCUGCAAAUGGGAGUGUGGCCACCGAGGUUAGGUCAUCAAUGGAGGGAUCAAGAUUGGGAUCGCCUGGUCAUGGAUAUGAAGUGGGGGAUAUGGUUUGGGGAAAAGUGAAGCCCCACCCUUGGUGGCCUGGUCAUGUAUUCAGUGAAGAGUUUGCAACCACUUCUGUGCGAAGAUCAAAGAGGGAGGGUCUUCUCUUGGUUGCCUUCUUUGGAGAUAGUAGUUAUGGAUGGUUUGAUCCUUCAGAACUUAUGCCAUUUGAAUCAAAUUUUGCUGAAAAGUCUCGACAGACUAACUCAAAAACUUUUGUCAAAGCUGUGGAAGAGGCAAUGGAUGAGGUGAGUAGAAGGAAUGCACUUGCUGAUUAUGAGCCUGGAGCUGUAUACUCAAUCAAUGCUAUUGAGAAAUCUAGGGCUAGUUUCCAGCCAAGUUCAACUCUUGAUUUUAUUAGGCAGCUAGCUUUGGAGCCUAUCAUUGAGCAUGCAUUUGGUCACGAACUAGAUCGCCCUUCUCCAGCUAAAGCCCCUUUAAGUGGGCGGCAGGUGUUUGCUGACACUUCCGGCAAGGGAAAGAAUCCGGCAAGACCAAAUAAGUCAAAAGAAAAUGCUAAAAAAGACAAAUAUCUCUUUAAAAGAAAACCUCCGUUUCCUUCACACGGUUUUCUCUUACGCGUUCCCUCCUUCUUCGUUGUACUCGUCUUCACUGUGCUUCCAUCGCAAGAAUCGCCUACGACUCUUCUUCCACCGCCGGAAUACCCUACAACCGCCCUAAGUCUGCCAGUCCUAGGUUUCUUGUAUAUCUUUUACUCCACUGUAAUGUAUGUUAAUGGUUCUUUCAUCACUUCAAACAUGUUGCUACUGUGCAUUUUUAUUGCCAUGACAUCAAAAUUUAUUACAUUAUUAUGUUAUUGGGAUGGAAAAAUUUGUGACGGAGAAGAAGGUAUAACUUACAACAAGUCUCCGAAUAAAGCUAUCAAGGUUCAAUGCGGAAUACAAUUCAAUGAACUCAUCGAUCAAAUCCAUAUUGCUAAGUCGAUUGAUAAGCAAAAAAAGCUCAUUAAAGUAAUUUGCAGAUAUCCAUCGGUUGUUGGAAAAGUAAUGAAAUAUAUUCCUCUCUCAAUUACGGAUGACAAUGACGUUGAGAUCAUGUUUGAUGCAUUUAGUCUCCAUCAAGAACUAAGUAAUAUUGAUCUAUACUUAGAAGUUGAAGUCAAUGGCAUUAAAAAUCACACAGAGAUAACACCCAGGUAUUGA